GCCGCCAGGUGUGCCAGGAACCGCCGCUGCGUCCACCGGAUCAGCCGCUGCCGUGGGGAGCAGCACAGGAAAGUCCGGGGUCCCGCAGGCCUCCGGCAGCAGCUCGUCGGGAUGCUCGAACCUAAAGCUAGCCAUUCACCGUCCGGCCGAUGGAUGUAUUCAGCCCUACUGAUGUCACACCAAGCAGCCGGUAACCAUUAUAACCCGGUGUAACGGCAGUAAAACGACUGAAUAACCAGAUGUAUUCAUGUUGAGUUGCUGUACGAGGACGUGUUUGAUGCCACUGUGGUCAGUAAAACGGUCUGUGUGGUUUCUUUGUGGCCAAGCUGGACUCAAAUACCUGAGCGUUUGAGUGCUGCAUUCACGGUUCUGGGUUUAUCUUUUGGAGAGGGGGGGUUGGUGUCUCUGAGAGCUGUCUGUGUGGCCCGCCUGGAGAAGGGGUCAGGACAGGAAAGUUACCUUUUCACCAAGGUCACCUGUGGGGCGCAGACUCAGCAGCAGGUGGCCGACGCCUGGAGGAUGCAAGUGAUGCACAACCAGCACAAGAGCCGGGGCUGUCUGCUGGGAUGGAGCAGGUUUCCUCUGUCUGAAAGCAGAGUAUCUAUCUGUGUGUGUGUGUUUAAUAUAAACCUUAUCAUCCAUUAGCAGGCAGUGGGUGUGUGACUUUGAUAUUAGAGCUCAAGUUGGGGUCAUCUCCAGUUCAAAGCAGUAUGACAACUUGUUUUCUCGUUCACCCUCAACAGCAGCAGGAGAGCAACACCUCGCCUGAAGCCCUUAAAGCCCAGAGCGUUGCCCUUUCGGCUGGAGACAGUGGGAAGGUGACGACGGUUGUGGCCACACCAGGUCAGGGACCGGACCGCCCACAGGAAGUCUCUUACACCGACAUCAAGGUGAUUGGCAAUGGGUCGUUUGGUGUGGUGUACCAAGCUCGCCUCAUCGACAGCCAGGAGAUGGUGGCCAUUAAGAAGGUUCUGCAGGAUAAGAGGUUUAAGAAUCGGGAACUACAGAUCAUGAGGAAGCUGGAUCACUGCAACAUUGUCAGACUACGUUACUUCUUCUACUCCAGUGGCGAGAAGAAAGAUGAAGUGUAUCUCAACCUGGUGCUGGACUUUGUCCCUGAGACGGUCUACAGGGUUGCCAGGCAUUUUAACAAGGCGAAGAGCAUCAUUCCUAUCAUUUAUGUGAAGGUGUACAUGUACCAGUUGUUUCGCAGUCUGGCUUACAUCCAUUCCCAGGGCGUGUGUCACAGAGACAUCAAGCCUCAGAACCUGCUUGUCGACCCAGAAACUGCCAUCCUCAAGCUGUGUGACUUCGGCAGCGCCAAACAGCUGGUCCGCGGUGAACCCAACGUGUCGUAUAUCUGCUCACGAUAUUAUCGCGCCCCCGAGCUCAUUUUUGGUGCCACAGACUACACGGCAAACAUUGACAUCUGGUCAGCAGGCUGCGUCCUGGCUGAGCUGCUGCUCGGACAACCCAUAUUCCCCGGUGACAGUGGGGUGGACCAACUAGUAGAGAUUAUCAAGGUGCUGGGAACCCCAACAAGGGAACAAAUCCGAGAGAUGAACCCAAACUACACAGAAUUCAAGUUCCCUCAGAUUAAAGCCCAUCCAUGGACCAAGGUGUUUAAACCUCGCACCCCUCCAGAAGCCAUUGCUCUCUGCUCCCGGCUGCUGGAGUACACGCCAGCCUCCCGGCUCUCCCCACUAGAGGCCUGUUCGCAUGCCUUUUUCGAUGAGCUGCGCCAGCCCAACACACGACUGCCCAGCGGCCGAGAUUUGCCGAUGCUCUUCAACUUCAGCCCCACAGAGCUGUCAAUCCAGCCCCAGCUGAACUCAACCCUCAUUCCUCCUCACGCUCGCUCUCAUACAGCUGCUUCCGCCCACGAUGGUACCGGUUCAGAUUCAUCCCAACACAAGGCUGCAGAUUCUCCACAAGAGGGAGCUCUUCAAUCAUAAAUUCCUAACUGUGCCAAUCAUAGUGAAACAUGUUCAGGAUGUGUUUCCUUUUGUCCUCUGUAAUCUCCCAUUUUAUUCUACAGUGAUCACAGGAAACGCAAUCACACUAAGAUGCUGAAAACUAAAGUCUUUAAAGUAAUACAUUUAAAGCUCAACACCCCCAAAGCAGCAGCUAUAGAAAACAAAAGGCCUCAAGUAGAGAUGAGGAUCAGGCUACAGAGGCCUAGAAGCAUCAUUUAUCUCUUUUUCCACCCCAGUAGCUGAUCUUUCUCUAUUACAAACCAAUGUUGCGGCAAUUUUAUCAUACUUCAUGCAGCUCCCUCUGGAGCCACAAAGGGUUCAAACAACUUGUUUUCCUCAUGCGCAGUAGAACUCCCCCAAAACCUUUAAACAGACUUUCGUGUGUACAGUUGUUGCAGUUUCUUGCCCGUAGGUGGCGCCAGUGAGACUGGAACUUCAGGUUUUUUGUGUCUUUUUUUUCUUCCACAUACUUGAUUGUUCUCGUUUUUGGAACAGAACUUUGUUUGUGUGUCAUGAUAGAUUGCAAUAUAUUAUUACUGUGCAGUAUUGAGAAAAAUGACGCUGGCAUUUCCACAGACGGUGUGAUGUCUGACUUUAGAGAUCUCAAAAGUGUUCAGUUGGACUAGAAAUCACAUUAUGGUGUCCAGCCUGUACUCAACACGGGCAUUUUGUAUUAUGUGCUGGACUGUAUUCAGAAUUGCUGCUAAUGAUUACAAUAUGGCAGAAACAGACAUUUGUGUUGAGACUGCAGACAGAGCCGUCUAUCAGCUCUGUGUGUGUGUGCGUGUGUGUGUGUGUGGUCAGGCAACAUGCAGAAAUGUUGCUCCGCUUGACCGACAGUUUCAAGUAAACUGAAUCUCAGAAAUUGUAGUUUUCUUUGUGUUUUUAAAUUCUCCGAAAAACUCAGUUGUGUGUUAAUAUAACCCUCCCUUAUUCUAACCGAGGGAGAUCUCUGCAUCUCUUAAUAUGUAACUUUUAUUUAAUUUUUGUACUCCAAUGCUGUUCGGUGUGGUGUCAUUCUGUCCUGGUGGACUGAUGUGUUGGAGUGACGGAGAUGGAGAAAGAGAGAGAAAGAAACACAAACCUGUUCGUCUCUGUUCUGUGUGUGUAUGAUAUGGACUCAUUUACUGUAAUAAAGUGAUGAAACUGUG